UGUAUUUCAUUGCAUAGCACAAAGGAACCAAUGAAAUCUGUCGAGAAAAACUUUAUCCAAUCAUAAUCGUUCUAAAGGCGGGAUAUCCGCAUGUAGGAUGAUAUGUGUGUGGAGGUUGAUCUGAAGGGAAAACAUUCAGUGGGAGUGAUAGGCUAGCUAUUUCAUUUAUUAUUGACCGAUUACAGUUCCUAUUCGUACGAAUUGAAAUAGCUAGCUAUAGCCAUGCCUGGAAUAGAUACAUUACCGAUCGAGGAGACAUUCGAGGACAGUCCGCAGACGCGCUCCCUGCUCGGUGUGUUCGAGGAGGAUGCGGCUGCAAUAUCCAACUACUCCCAGAAGCUCUUCCAGGCCAUGAACAGAAUCUACGAUGCACAAAAUGAGUUGAGUGCUGCCACCCAUCUCACCUCCAAACUUCUGAAGGAGUAUGAGAAACAGCGCUUUCCUCUUUGCAGCGACGACGAGGUCAUGAGCUCCACCCUGCAGCAUUUUGCCAAAGUCAUAGACGAGUUGAGUUCCUGUCAUGCAGUCCUCUCCACUCAGCUGGCUGACGCCAUGAUGUUCCCUAUCACCCAGUUUAAGGAGAGGGACUUAAGAGAGAUACUGACUCUGAAGGAAGUGUUCCAGAUUGCCAGUGAUGAUCAUGACAUGGCCAUCAACCGAUACAGCCGUCUCUCUAAAAGGAGGGACAACGAGAAGGUGAAGGGCGAGGUGAUGGAGGAUGUGUAUACCUCCAGGAAGAAGCAGCACCAGACCAUGAUGCACUACUUCACAGCCCUCAACACUCUGCAGUACAAGAAGAAGAUUGCCAUUCUGGAGCCGCUGCUGGGGUAUAUGCAGGCACAGAUCAGCUUUUUCAAGCUGGGAUCAGAGAACCUCACCCAGCAGUGGGAAGAUUUCCUCACCAACAUAGGAACCAGCGUUCAGAAUGUCCGCAGGGAGAUGGAUGGUGAGGUAGAUAUAAUGCAACAGACCAUCCAGGACUUGGAGCAGGCCAGUGACCUCCUCUACAUGCCAGACCCCGACCCUAGCCAGGUUCCUGUCAACCGCAACCUCACACGCAAGGCCGGCUACCUCUACAGACGAAAUAAAACAAGCCUAGUGUCUUCCUCCUGGGAGCGGCAGUACUUCUUCACCCAGGGAGGGAACCUGAUGGGCCAGGCACGAGGGCAUGUAGCUGGGGGUCUGGUCAUGGACAUCGAUAAUUGCUCUGUCAUGGCCGUGGACUGUGAAGACCGACGCUUCUGCUUCCAGAUCACAUCCUUUGACGGCAAGAAGGUGGUCAUAUUGCAGGCAGAUAGCAGAAAGGACUGUGAAGAGUGGAUUGCAACUAUAAACAACAUCUCAAAGAGGAUAUAUCUGAGUGAGAACCCAGAGGAAAUUGCAGCCAGAGUGAACCAAUCAGCUCUUGAGGCUGUGACACCGUCUCCCUCCUUCCAGCAGAGGCAUGAGAGUAUGCGGCCGACCACACAAGGGCGGUCCCGGGCAGCGCGGACCAGCAGUGUGAGCUCAGUGGGCUCUGAGACGGCCUCACCGGCCCUCUCUGUCCUCUCAUUGGACGCCCUGGUGGCUCCUGACACGCCCAUCCAGUUUGACAUCAUCUCUCCAGUCAGCGAGGAGUACGCAGGCCAGGCCAAGGCUGCGGGACAGGGCAGGACCAACCCGUUUGGUGAAUCAGGAGACACUCCACCUGAGGAGAGUGAAGACUCCAUCCUGCACCAGCUGUUCAUUGUGCGUUUCCUGGGUUCUAUGGAGGUGAAGAAUGCCGACAGCUCUGACGUCAUCUAUGAGACCAUGAGACAGAUCCUAGCAUCCAGGGCCAUACAUAACAUCUUCAGGAUGACUGAGUCUCACCUGCUGGUCACCUGCGACUGCCUCAAGCUCAUCGAUCCUCAGACACAAGUCACACGGCUGAGGUUCCCUCUUUCCAGUGUGGUGGUGUGUUCGUCCCACCAGGAGAACAAGCGUCUGUUUGGAUUCGUCCUGCAGACUGCAGAAGGCAGGGUGGACGGACGACCUGUCACCGUCUGCUAUAUCUUUGAGUCCAACAAUGAUGGGGAGAAGAUAUGUGACAGUGUUGGGCUGGCCAAACAGAUCGCUUUCCACUCAGAGAUGGAUCGCAAAGCUACAGAGAAGAAGGAGGAGCAGGACAAGGCCAAGGAGAAACAGCAGGAGGAGCUGAGUAAACAGAAACAGAUUGAAAAGUAAACUGAAUGAUUCAUUGAUUAAUUGAUGAGUCAAUUAAUUUGAAUGAACCCACAGGACCUGGAGGAACAGAGCCGUUUAAUCGCAGCCUCCAGUCGCCCCACCCCCCCUGCUCCUAGCGCUGAUGGGCAGUUCCUGGUGCUGAGCAAAAGCCAAUCAGAGGACAGUGAUGCAGGACAGGAGGGGCGGGAGAAGGGAGAGUCGGAUGCCUAAGAGAAUGGAAGGGAAAGAGCUUUCAUCAGAUACUACUUUGGACCAUCAAACUACCGGAAAUCGAUCAUCUUCAAUGGAAGGAGACGACAUGAGAAGACUUUGAGCAAUUGUUUGUGUGAUUUUUGGUCCAUAGGGAAGGCACAAUUGUCCCAGCGUCUUCCGGAUUAGGGUUUGGCCGGGGUAGGCCGUUACUGUAAAUAAGAAUUUGUUCUUAAUUGACUUGCCUAGUUAAAUAAAUGUUAAAGUCACCUAUGUUGAGCCAAUGUUCUUUUCUGAACAGACAACUGAACAAGCUUGGCGAGGUCUUACUACAAAGUACUAUCCGGUGAAAAUGCACAGUUAGAGCGGGAGUUGGUUCCUUGGCUUCUCAACCCUGGGCCUUGGCUCCUCAACCCUGGGCCUUGGCUCCUCAACCCUGGGCCUUGGCUCCUCAACCCUGGGCCUUGGCUCCUCAACCCUGGGCCUUGGCUCCUCAACCCUGGGCCUUGGCUCCUCAACCCUGGGCCUUGGCUCCUCAACCCUGGGCCUUGGCUCCUCAACCCUGGGCCUUGGCUCCUCAACCCUGGGCCUUGGCUUAGCCUCUGGGCUUUUCUCUGGCUCCUACAUUGUUUUACAGAGGAGUUGGACUGCAAAUAGACUUUAACAUUACACAAAGAUGGAUUAAGACCCCACUAAACAAACAAAAGAAGAGGAGAAAUAAAUGUGUGUGAAUGACUGAACACUCAAAGAAUCCUUCCGGAUCUUUCUCAUCCUCCAUAUGUAAAUCAUGUAUUAUAUACUGGUACUUGUAUUCAGAGGAAAUGUAGAAGGAGAUGAUUAAUGCUUUUAAGCUUUUAUUUUAUUUUUAAUAAUCAUGGUGACUGAAUACCAUUGGUAUACUAGAAAACAUAGAGAUUAUAGAGUGUAUUAAUUUGUUGGGGAAGGAAGACAUUGCACAUGUUAAUACUGUAAUGACAUAAAAUACAUGUUUAUGUCAACCAUAUACAUGUUGUCUUCCAUUCAACUAACACGCUCGCAUGUGCUUUGGAUCCCAUCAUUCAAGAUACCUAAUUGCCACGCUUUUUUCCCCCGUCUAUAAUGAAUAUUUACCCUUUCAAUUAACCGUUUGAGUGUGUUUGGUUUCAAGAUGAGAAUUUAGAUCUCUAAUCAUUUAACCCCAAACACCAAUAAUGGUUUCUCGUUCAAUGGAUCAGACUACUUGCCAUAGCCCAACAGACCUUGUGCCUGAGGUGUAAUGUAUUCAUCUCAUUGGUUGGAACAAAGAACAACACUAUAAUACAAAGUGCUAAAUCAGGGCAUUGACUCUUAAAAGGAAAAAUGGGAUCUAUGAACUGUUUUGUUUUUUCCCCAUUAUGUCUGUUAAAAUCGAUAGUUUUGAAAUGGUUUGUGUUUUUCUCAGAUUUCUGUACAAAGAAAUGCACUGCACUAUUGAACAGUUUGUCUGAAAUGUUCCUCACCCUUAACCCAUUGCUAUGUAAGUUUGUGCUGAGCUCUGACUAAGUUUAUCACUUAUCAACUCAUAGUGAACACAUGUUGCAGUGGCAUGAUGCAGGGAAAACUAUCAUAUCAACAAAGUGGAAUUGAUUUGACAUAUUACUGAUAAUGAAAGUUGAGUCUACUUUAUUAUCAUUUUGGGGAAAGGUGUUUAAAGAAGUAGUUAGGAACUGUUAGAUGUUAAUAGGGGGAACUGCACUUUAAUUAUUGAUGCAGGGGGAAAUAGGAUCAUGUUUACUCUAUAUACUUCAGUGAUUACUAUUGCAGUCUUAAAUAGCUUUUCAACAAUAAAGGUACACUAAUUCAA